UUUUUCGCAUUACAGUUGCUUUUAUUUUAGAUGGAAAAUCAAUACUCGUUAUCGCGAUCACGCGUAUCAGUCUAAAUUCACUGCAAAAUUUACUUACACUGUUGAAUGACGCUGUGUUCUGUGUUCGACUAGUUUUGCCUAUUCAAAUAUGGGGCUGUAAAAGCUCAGGUUUGUUUUUCAUGGGUACAAAGUAUGUUUAAGUGUAUUAACCGAACGGCCCGGUUUACGAGACAUCUCCAAUCAGCAGGAAACAGCUUCUGUCUUAACCAAGAUUUUAGGCUCGUGUCAUCCUUGCCACUCAGAAUGACCGACCCGGCUGUGAAAAGGGUGGUUAGUAACAUAAUUCGUUCUCCAGAGGACAAACGAGUUUACAGGGGCCUGGAGUUUACCAAUGGCCUGAAAGCCAUACUCAUCAGUGACCCAACAACAGACAAAUCCUCGGCUGCUUUGGAUGUCCACAUAGGUUCUUUAUCGGACCCACCUAACAUCUCGGGCCUGGCACACUUUUGUGAGCACAUGCUGUUCCUUGGAACAAAGAAGUACCCCAAGGAAAAUGAGUACAGCCAGUUCCUCAGUGAGCACGCAGGCAGCUCCAAUGCCUUUACCAGUGGAGAGCAUACCAAUUAUUACUUUGAUGUGUCUCAUGAGCACUUGCAAGGAGCACUAGAUAGGUUUGCUCAGUUCUUCCUGUGCCCACUGUUUGAUGAGAGCUGUAAGGACCGGGAGGUGAAUGCUGUUGACUCUGAACACGAGAAGAAUUUGAUGAAUGAUGCCUGGAGGCUGUUUCAGCUGGAGAAGGCCACUGGCAACCCCAACCACCCCUUCAGUAAAUUUGGGACAGGUAACAAGUUGACCCUUGAGACCCGACCAUCUCAAGAUGGGAUUGAUGUUCGUCAGGAGCUCCUGCAGUUUCAUUCAACUUAUUACUCCUCCAACCUCAUGGGACUUUGUGUGUUGGGAAGAGAAUCAUUAGAUGAGUUGACCUCCAUGGUGGUUAAGCUGUUUGGAGAAGUGGAGAAUAAGAAUGUGCCUCUCCCAGAAUUCCCUGAGCACCCUUUCCAGGAAGAACACCUCAGACAAUUCUACAAAGUGGUGCCUAUUAAAGACAUCAGGAACCUCUAUGUGACUUUUCCCAUCCCGGAUCUACAAAAGUACUACAAAUCUAACCCGGGACAUUAUCUGGGACAUCUGAUUGGUCAUGAAGGACCUGGAAGUUUGUUAUCUGAGCUAAAAUCUAAAGGCUGGGUGAACACACUUGUUGGAGGGCAGAAAGAAGGAGCCAGAGGAUUCAUGUUCUUCAUCAUCAAUGUGGACUUGACUGAGGAGGGUCUCUUGCACGUUGAGGACAUCAUCUUCCACAUGUUCCAAUAUAUCCAGAAACUGCGUACUGAGGGACCUCAGGAGUGGGUAUUUGAGGAGUGCAAGGAUUUAAACAAAGUGGCGUUCAGGUUUAAGGACAAGGAGCGACCCCGUGGCUACACAUCCAAAGUGGCUGGCUUACUACACUACUAUCCCCUUGAAGAGGUUCUAGCAGCAGAGUACCUUUUGGAGGAUUUCAGACCAGAUCUGAUUGAGAUGGUGCUGGACAAGCUGAGACCAGAACAUGUCAGAGUUGCAGUGGUGUCAAAGUCAUUUGAAGGGCAGACUGAUAGGACAGAAGAGUGGUAUGGCACGCAGUACAAACAGGAGGCCAUCACUGACACAACCAUCGAGAAAUGGGCAAGUGCAGACCUCAACGGCAAGUUCAAAUUACCUAUGAGAAAUGAGUUCAUCCCUACCAACUUUGAGAUCUACCCUCUUGAGAAAGACUCUCCAUCAGUCCCCACUUUAAUCAAGGACACUGCUAUGAGCAAGGUGUGGUUCAAGCAGGAUGACAAGUUUUUCCUACCCAAAGCAUGCCUGAACUUUGAGUUCUUCAGUCGCUACCUAUACGCAGAUCCCCUGCACUGCAACAUGACCUACUUGUUGCUCAGGUUACUGAAGGAUGAUUUAAAAGAGUAUACAUAUGCAGCCCGCCUGGCCGGGCUGGUGUAUGGCGUAGCCUCGGGGAUGAAUGCCAUCCUCCUGUCUGUUAAAGGUUAUAAUGACAAACAGCACAUCCUGCUGAAGAAGAUCAUCGAGAAGAUGGCGACCUUUGAGAUAGAUGAGAAGCGCUUUGACAUCAUCAAAGAAGCGUACAUGAGGUCUUUGAAUAACUUCAGAGCGGAGCAGCCUCACCAGCACGCCAUGUACUACCUCCGUCUACUAAUGACUGAGGUUGCUUGGACCAAAGAUGAGCUCAGAGAGGCUCUGGAUGAUGUGACUCUCCCACGCCUCAAGGCCUUCAUACCUCAGCUUUUGUCCCGGCUACAUAUUGAAGCCCUUCUCCAUGGCAACAUCACCAAGGAGUCUGCUCUUGGCAUGAUGCAAAUGUUGGAGGACACACUUAUUGAGCACGCUCACACCAAACCCCUCCUCCCAAGCCAGCUGAUUCGCUACAGAGAGGUGCAGGUUCCAGAUGGUGGCUGGUAUGUUUACCAGCAGAGGAACGAGGUGCACAACAAUUGUGGCAUCGAGAUCUACUAUCAGACAGACAUGCAGACCACCCACGACAACAUGCUGCUGGAGCUGUUCUGUCAGAUCAUCUCUGAGCCCUGUUUCAACACACUGAGAACCAAAGAACAGCUGGGCUACAUUGUGUUCAGUGGACCCCGCCGGGCUAAUGGAGUACAAGGCCUGCGAUUCAUCAUCCAGUCAGAAAAGGCGCCUCACUACCUGGAGAGCCGCGUGGAGGCUUUCCUCUGCACCAUGGAGAAGGCUGUGGAGGAGAUGAGCGAGGAAGCCUUCCAGAAACACAUACAGGCCCUGGCCAUCCGCCGCCUGGACAAGCCGAAGAAGCUGUCUGCUGAGUGUGCCAAGUACUGGGGAGAGAUCAUCUCUCAGCAGUAUAAUUUUGACAGAGAUAACAUUGAAGUGGCCUAUCUGAAGACUUUAAGUAAAGAAAACAUAAUGCACUUCUACAGGGAUCGGCUUACAGUCGACGCCCCGAAGAGACACAAGGUGUCCGUGCAUGUCCUGUCCAGAGAAAUGGACUCCUGUCCAGUCGUGGGAGAGUUCCCCGCUCAGAAUGAUGUCAACCUGGCCCCCGCUCCCUCUCUGCCACAGCCCAUGUUGAUUCAGGACAUGACGGAAUUCAAGAGGAGCCUGCCGCUCUUCCCUCUGGUGAAGCCUCACAUCAACUUCAUGGCUGCCAAACUGUGAGCGAGGCCGGCGGAUCAACACGCAGCAGCAUGAGGGCACCGGGGAGGGCGACCACUUUUGUGUGACUGAGCCUGCAUUAGCGUGUGUGUGUGUGUGUUUGCGCAGGUGUGUGUGUGCGUAUGCACGUGUGGUUGGCUGAAGCCACAAUAAGAGAUGCUUGGAAACAAAUGCUUGUAUUUGAAUCGCAAAGUUAGCCGUGGUUGUCGACAUAGUUGUGAUGGCGAUGGAGGUCACACCAGACUCACCUCAUGUUACACGCCUCUGCAAGGCAACUCUCACGCAUCACAGUACUGUGUAGGCUGUCGUAGAGGAAAUAGAAACAAUGUUUAAAAAAAGAAGGGCAAGUUCCCUUUUAAAAUGAGUUCAAGUAUACAACAGAAGCCUCACAGUAGGAGGCUUUUAUUUGAAUUAUUCCCACAUGCUGCUUGAGAAUGUUUAGCCGGUUUAUUGUGAUGAAGUGGGGGCUGUAGAGGUUAAAACCAGUAGCUUCAUGAAGGUCGUCUUCUUUUUUUUGUUUGUUUUUUUUAUUUUAAUUUGUGAACUCUGGUAUGUUUGCCAUGUAACUCUGAGGCACCGCGAUGCUCCUGAAAACGUUAUCACAAAAGAUGCACUCGGUCAGGUGGAAUAUUUUAUUCAAAAUUUCUGACGAAUAUCUGCCUUUAUAGUUAUGGUUUUAAUGCUCGUAGGUUUUGGAAUGUUUGCUUGUCACCUGGUAAAAUAUUGGGACCCUUCGAGGAGGUGUUUGAAAUUGCUUAUCACAGAGAGCCGUGCCCAACGAAAAGCUGUUGUGUUUUUGUUUUGUUUUUUUUAUUUUUCCAUUUUACAGUAGUAAGUAGUUCAGACAUCUCAGGGGUACCUCCAUGCUGUUUUAUUUUUAUGUUCAGUUUUAUGAGUGAUUUAAAAAUAAAAAAAAAAAACAAAAAAAAAAAACGCACUUUUAGCAGUCUGUCAUCCACAUUAGUAUUUUGUUCACUUAAUAUUAUCAAAUCCGCAAAAUUGGUUAUUUUUGUCAAACUGAAAGGCUAUAGAGGUAUUUUAUUUUUUUCCAUUUUGUAGGCUCUGGGGAGAUUGUCAUUAUUUUAACACUCUCUAUCUGCAGAGACUUUCUGCAGCUUGUGCCUUUCCAGGGGGGGCAUCAGUGUAUCCGGCUGCACCGAGCUGCUUCUGGUCUGAUCUGGGCGAAGAAUCCUGGAGGAUCUAAUCCCCUUGCAUUGCUGGACUUUGUGCUGGCUCUUACAGCAUAGAGGUCAAAAAAAAGAAACCUUUCAUGUUGAUGUCUAAAGGGGGGUUGAAAACGAGCUCUAGUCUGAAUUUCUUUUUUCUGGAUAUAUGCACUCUCACUAAGCAAUAAACUUAAUGAUGUGGACAGCAAACAGUGUGAGGCAGAAUGAAGCGUGGCUCUACACUGCUGUUUAGCUCCAGCAGCCAGAUCCACACUGAUCCCAAUCUCCAGCUUUAAGUGUGGACAGGACCGGGUGGAGGUGCUGGGAUGGUGAUGUCGAGGCCGUGCAAGCGUGACCUGCUCUCUCAGGUGCUAAACCAGCUUUGCUGUGACAAACUGCUGCUGGUGGAGCUGUCAGCCACUCUGUUCAGACAGCCAAAAAUCCAACUUUUGACUUAUUUUCUUCAUCACUCACUCAUAUGAUGCUGCAGAGUUUUAAAGAACGAUUGAAGGUGUAAGGAAGGACCUGUAUGACUGUGCUAUCAAAAGCUUCUUCAGCGUUUUCCAGCAUUUUACUAUGUCUCAAUCACACCAAAACCAUUUUUUAUUUUGUUGUUUUUGUUUUAUUUUCUUAAAGGAGGGACCCCCUUCAUUAUCAACUGCUAUGUUGUUUAAAGUCAGUAUUCCCUUUUGUGCUUAACAUCCAAAGACUGCAGCAGCAUUAGGUAGACUUCCACUCCCACAGGCAGUAGCUUAACAGCACCUGCAGGGCAGUGACAAAGCUGUUUUAAUGCAGUGCUCAGAAGAAACUAGCAACAUUGCAUAUCAGGCUUGGGUGGGCCCUGCAGCUUACUGCAUACAGUUCCUAGUGAUUGGUUUCAUUUAAAAAAAAAAAAAAAAUACUGUGAUAAUUGGCUGGUUGGGUUUAGGGGCUGAGUGCUGAUUUUGAGCUGAUUUUUUUCUUCUUUUGUCUCCUGUGUGUUUCUAAUUAAUAAAACUACUGAGUGGAA